AUGAUACGCUUGUUAAAAAUUUAAUCACUCUUCCUUCUAAUACAACUUGGACUCUCCUAAGCUCAUUUCUCAUUGAAAUCUCACUAUCACAAAGUUUCCUUUAAUAAGAAGCCAAUCUCCACCUCAAAGUAGCAUGAAACUUUGUUUACUCAUGAAGGAAUUGAUUACACUCACGCCCCAGUUGCAUUCUUACAUGGAAUUAAUAGUAAUUGCUAAGAACUUGAGGGAUAUGUGGAUACUGUAGUUGAAUAAAUGAAUCAUACCAUUUAUACUCAGUGUAUAGAAAUUGGCUAGGGUAAAUUCUCAACAAUUUUUAUGGAUUUGAAUUCCCAAGUACAACUUGCUUGUUUCGGGCUAAAGGAGGAUCCUGUAUUUUCCACAUAGCCUUUCAAUUUAAUUGGAUAUUCAUAAGGUGGAUUGAUAGCAAGAGCAACAGUUGAAACUUGUGAUGGACUGAAAGUUAGAAAUUUGAUUACUUUUGGUGGACCUCAUGGUGGAGUUUCUGAAGCUGUAAAAUGCGCAGAUACUGACAUUCCUUGCAAAAUUUGGGAUUUGAUUUCAAAACCCUUUGUUUACUUUGACUUGAUUUAAGAGUUAGUAGCUCCUGCUGAAUACUUUAGAGUUUUUAAUGAAAUAUCAGAAUACAUAAAAAAAUCUGUAUUCCUACCAAGGAUUAAUAACGAACUAAAAUAGAAAAAUUAAGCCUAUAAAGAUAGGUUGACUGCUCUUGAACAUUUCAGAAUGUUUAUGUGGACAGAUGACAUGGUAGUGUACCCUAAAUAAAGUGCCUGGUUUGGAGUCUUAAAUGAAACUGGAGGAAUUGUAAAUUUGUAGGAUCAAUAGUAGUAUUAGGAAGACUGGCUUGGAUUGAAAACUCUUGGAGAAUCAAAUAGGACCUCUUUCAUCGAAAUUCCAGGCAACCACAUGCACUAGACAGAUGACAUUAUCCAAAAAUAUGUAGUUCCUUUGCUUAUUUAAUGA